AUGGAUGCAGGGUACAUAGCUGAAGGCUUCAAGAGGUUUGGCUGCAAGGAGAACCUCAACGAAGAACCAUUGCAUCAUCUUCUUAAUGUGUACGUGAGGAUACACCAGCAAUCACAAACUGAUCCGUCCAUCCACCAAGAUGCCAUGAAUUUCUUCAAAAGACUUGAAGAGGGUGAUGCAGAAGCGAGAAAGUUCUGGCGGAUGUGUCGGGAUGUCAGUUUUUCAGAGUACCAAUCCAUGUACAAGAAACUGGACGUUAAUUUUGACGUGACACAUUGCGAGUCCAUGUACUCGAAGGAAUGUGGCAGCAUCAUUGAGGAGCUGAAGAGUAAAAACUUCCUUCUAUUCAGAGAUGGCGUGGGUUAUGUGGAUCUUUCAACGGCUGGUGACCACCGGCAGCAGAACAUGCAUGCACCGCUCCUCAAAAGUGAUGGUUCCUCUCUCUACCUCACCAGGGACCUGGCCUCAGCACAGCAUCGACGCAAGGAGUUCCAGGCCCACAAGCUCUAUUAUGUGGUUGAGAACGGUCAGCAGCAGCACUUCAAGUUGCUGAGCAGAUGCCUGGAGAAGUGUUUCGAUGUGCGGUUGAACGAGGACAUGCACGUGAAGUUCGGCAGGGUGGAAGGCAUGAGCACCAGGAAGGGAAGUGCUGUGUUUCUCAGUGACCUCAUUCGACAUGCCAGAUCAACGGUUAAGGAGAGAAUGCAGGCUAGAUCAACCACAAAAGUGACUGUUGAAGAAGAUGUGGACGCUGUGGCUGAUGCGCUUGCAGUUUGUGGAGUGGUGGUGUUCGAUCUGAAGCAGUCGCGCAUGAACAAUUACAAGUUUGAUUGGGACGAGGCUCUGAACUUCAACGGAGACACGGGCAUCUUCCUUCAGUACACACAUGCCAGACUGAACAGUAGCCUGCUCUUGAAUAUACAACUGUUCAAAGCAGAAAUUUAG